AUGGAGGAUGGCAGUGGCACCCUCCAGCGCAGCAGCUCUCUGGGGAAAAUCCGGGAUGUGAUACGGAGGAGCAGUGAGAUGUUGGUCAAGAAACUGCAGGGCAAUGGUCCCCUGGAGCCCAGGAACACCAGACUAGCAGGGGGUCCUGUCUCCUCUGUUCCUGCCUGUCAGUGUUGGUUUUGCCACCCAAGUGCUGCAGUGUUGUCAGUGUGCUUAACCCUGACUUGGCUUGUCUGUGGCCUGUUUCAGUGCGAGGAAGCAGCCUACGAGGAGCGGUGGUACCCAGCUGGGAAGUGGGCGUGUGUCACCAAGGGGGAGCCCAUGUAUGAGCAGAGCAUCUCCAUGAGCUUCAUGAAGCUCAUGCGCUACAUCUGCAAGGAAAACUCUGUAGGUUGCUAUCUGGGCAUGACAAUCCCAGUACUCAACGAAAUCCACCUGACCAAGGAAGGGACCGAGCUGGAGCGUGAGGUCGUAACUGCAUAUUAUCUCCCGGGAGAGUUCCAGCAAAACCCCCCUGUUCCCAUGGACCCCGAAAUCCACAUCACUGAGAGGGCACCACUCUGGGUUAUAACCAGAGUUUUCUAUGGGAUGACCACUGAGGAGACGAUUCUGCGAGAGAUCAGUCUCUUCUGGGAGCUUUUGGGCUCCACAGACACUGUGCUCCGAGAAACCUACAUCGUGGCUGCUUAUGAAAAUCCCAGUAUCCCUCAGCGCCGCAAUGAGAUCUGGUUCAUCUGCCGAGCGGAGUGAGUCCCCUCUGUGACCGCAAACCAUCCUGUGACAGGACCUGGUGUAGAUGGCAGUUCUGACCCAAAGGAGACGAAUGCACAUCCUGACCCACCAUUCACCCACAAAAUGACAGACUGGGGUGGGUUUGCACUCUGCCCUGUGAGGGCCCAGCCAGGGGAGAACCUGCCUGGUCUGCACUUUGCCUGCCCCUGCAGGGGCCAACUGAGGCUGGAGCUGGCACCGGGGAGAGCCUCUGCCGCAGACUCCUGGUGGGAAGCACGUGGUGGGGGCUCAUGUAAGGCAGUAACCGUAUGGGCUUGGGCAGUAUGCUAGCCCAGCCUGGACUUCUUUUAGCUCUGAGCUGGGAUUGCAGACCUGUGCCAGGCAUGCUAGUGGGGCUUGUGGUUGGCAGAGUCACAAGCUGAUGGUGUCUGGAAGGCAAAUGACUGUGUACGAGGUGUGGGACUCUGUCUGGGCUCUGGGCUGCUUCCUGUGAGAAUGACUGCCUGUCCUGAACAGAGCCACUGAAAUGCUGCUGCAGGGACAGUGAGGUUCAAAAGGGGAAAGGACUUGCUACAAGUGAGAUGUGGAUCCCGAAUGUUCCCUGUUGGGGUGGCUCUCUUUGGACUGUUGAGUGCCUCCCUGGAUGUCACUCAUUGUCCCUUAGCCAGGACUGGGGCGCUGGCAGCCUUUGUCUAUCAGUUGUGGGUGCUGUUUUGUGGACUUGCUGCAAGCUGAGAGGGACAGGUCCUGACAGCAGCAGCAGUGGCCCCACUGUGUGUUGUGCUGUGCAUUGAUCAGUGAGUUUCACAUCCAUGAAUACUGUCAUGCUUUCCUGGGGGGAAGCUGGUAGUGCCAACAGUAAAUAAACCCAGCUCAAACCA